CGAGAGCUCGACCACUCACAUUCAAAGCCUGAUUGCUUUAAAAACUUUUGGAAGCUCAAGGAUCGAUUUGGCUUUGACGAACAGCGGAAGCUCAACGGUAGCAUCCAGAAUGGUAAGAUGUAUUCCCUGAAGGGAAAAGUGACCCUAAUCACAGGUGCCAGUUCAGGUAUCGGCGCAGGUACAUCGGUCCUGUUUGCUAAACUGGGAGCUGUUUUAGCUCUCAAUGGCAGAGAUGUCGAGAAUCUAAAGAACGUGGCCAAGGAAUGCACAAAGAGUGAUGGAGGAGCUGAGCCCUUGCUCGUGCCCGGCGACUUGACAGAUGAGGACACAGUCAACAGGAUUGUAGAGGAAGUCAUUGCGCGCUUCGGCCGCCUGGACAUCUUAGUGAACAACGCCGGCAUCCUGGCCAUUGGGGGCAUCGAGAUGUUAAAUCUGGCGACUUACGACAAGGUCAUGAACAUCAAUGUCAGGUGGUCGUCAUCAUGAGGGUGUAUUUGUGCCAGUUAGGCUACACUAAAUUCAAAUUGAUACUUGUGUUCUAAAGCUGUGUACCACCUGACCAAACUUUGUGUGCCCCAUCUGGUCAAGACUAAAGGCUGCAUCGUCAAUGUAUCCAGUGUCAAUGGACAAUGUUCGGUACGGAUAUUCUCCAUACGUGCUGUAAAAAAUAAAACUUUCUCUUAGCCAUGCGAACUUAAGCUUUUAAGUAGACAUAACUCAAAUUCUUAAGUUCUCCACUCAUAUUGUUUUCAGCUUUCUUAAUUCACUCAACUCAUUUACUCCGAGCCAUUUUCACCAGAGCAAGGCCCUUCGCUCCUGGCCGUUUAACUGAAUUUUGACUGAUUUUGCAAGGCCCACAGUAUUUUUUUUUCUAUUGCUAUAUAAAGAUUGGAACCCACCAAAAGAAGGAUUAGACUCUCUUCUUUCAGCAGAAAAAAAGUUAGUUCAUAUCUUUUUCCAUUCUUUAGAAAUCAGCAUUAGAAAAUAGCUUAGUUUGAGCAAUUUUCCAUUUUCUGAUGAAAAAACGAAAGCAUACAUUUCAAACAUAACUUUGACUUAUACCCAGCUAUUUUUUGCUUUAGUUACAUCUCAAACAUCUGAAUGUUUCCUUUUACAAAAUAAGAUAAACAACAAGACAAAUAGAGCUUUUGAUUGCAAAGUAACAAUCUAUUUAUACAUAACUGAAAGAUGACGCUGUUGGCUGUUGCUGGCCGCGACAGCCGGUUAAACUUUUCCCUCAUCACCGUCUCUCUCAUAAAGAUGAAUCUUUUUGAGUCUCUGCGGGCUCUGCUUGCGAGCAGCACGGACUCAAAGGCAUUGUCCUCUGCACUAGUGGUCCCGGUCGUUCUGCUCGGUCGUCCGCCACCUGGCAUCCAUUCGGUCGUCUUCCACUGGUGCCCGGCCCUGCGGCUUGGCCGUUCGUUGCCGUUAAAUCGGGUUGCGGGUCUUACCAAAUGCGCUACUGCCCUCCAGUGGCCAGUUUUAUUGCUUUAAAAUGGAUUUUCAGCUUUGUGCUUUGGAGCUAAAUUGAAUCACGACCCAGAGAUGUCUUUUUUGGAAAAAAUGUAAAAGAAGUAUAAAUACAUCUUUGGCACACUGAAACAAUUAAAAAUAGAGCGUAUUAAUACGUUUUUGGGAGCAAAUGAGUUAAUCAAGUUAAUUUUGUGAACUUGAUUAAAUAAGUUGAAUUGGCUUGCAUUAUCAAGUUUUUUUUACCGUUGUUCAUACAUCAUGUAACAUCAUCAUACUGUUCACUUAUUCAGCAUGUUGUUCUCUAUUGUAUUUUUAUUUUAAAUUGCAUUUCAAGAUGACGUAUCCGUUCAAAGUGUUGGAUUUUAUCAAGUAAAUUUCCUCCAAAAAUGCGACUUAUACUCCGGUGCGACUGUUUUUUUUUUUCCCUCUUCAUUGCGCAUUUUGGGCUCGUGCGACAUAUACUCAAGUGCGACUUAUAGUCCGAAAAAUAUGGUACACAUGCUCACUAAUUUACAGUCUGACAUGCGCUGAGCAAACUGACCCACAUGCGCAUAGACGUCAAAACAAAUGACUACACAUGCGGGCUCUAGGUCAUUCUAGGGUGAUCAUAUUUUGAUUCCCAAAAAGAGGACACGAAUAUCAGAAACAAUUAAUCCCCGUUUAAUUUUUUUACUCAAAAUUUAUAUGGAUUGAUAGAAAGCAUGCACGCACUGUGCUUAUUUAGCGCACAGAAUGAAAACUGAGCAUUCUCAGGCUUAUCCUUUUUUUUUCAUUUUAUUUUUUUCUUGGCGCUAACGCUAAUGAGCAGCUCCAUCGCUGCCGUCUUACCUGCCUCUCUCGCUCUUUGCUGACUUAAUUGCUGCAUGAAUUCCGAUUUGGGAGACUUAAGGGUUAAGACCAUUCCAGAAUGUUG